GGGUAGAAAGCUCUGGGUUUGCGACUGUAGCUUUCGCUUUCCGGCCAAAACCCACAGAGGUGUCUGAAGGCUGGUUGAGGUGGUGUGGCCCAAGGCAGCUUCCGGAAUUUCUGAGCAGCCCUGGUCACUACAAGAUGGACCCUGUAGUCUUGAGUUAUAUGGACAGUCUACUGCGCCAAUCAGAUGUCUCACUAUUGGAUCCUCCAAGCUGGCUCAAUGACCGUAUUAUUGGGUUUGCCUUUGAGUACUUUGCCAACAGGCAGUUUCAUGACUGCUCUGACCAAGUCUGCUUCAUCAGUCCUGAAGUUACCCAGUUCAUCAAGUGCACUAGCAGUCCAGUAGAGAUUUCAAUGUUCCUUGAACCCCUGGACCUCCCCCACAAGAGAGUUGUAUUUUUAGCCAUCAAUGAUAAUUCCAACCAGGCAGCUGGGGGAACCCAUUGGAGUUUGCUGGUUUAUCUCCAAGAUAAAAAUAGCUUUUUUCAUUAUGAUUCCCAUAGCAGAAGCAACUCAGUCCAUGCAAAACAGGUAGCAGAGAAAUUGCAGGCUUUCUUAGGCAGAAAAGGAGACAAACUGGCCUUUGUGGAAGAGAAAGCCCCUGCUCAACAAAACAGCUAUGACUGUGGGAUGUACGUGAUAUGUAACACUGAGGCCUUGUGCCAGAACUUCUUUAGACAACAACCAGAAUCACUAUUGCAGCUACUCACUCCUACAUAUAUCACAAAGAAGCGGGGAGAAUGGAAAGAUCUCAUUGCCAGACUUGCUAAAAAUUAGCUGUUGUAUAUUUGUGACUUUUGAAGCCUCUUCUUUCUGUCUGUCCCUAUUUUUUGGAUGGCUGCAAUCUCAGUGCCUGAGGGAAGAUGCCUGGUAGAGGCAAGCUUAGGAUUCUUACUUUUUCUUGAAAGAAUGCCAUCCUCUACAUUAUCCUAACGGAAAGUUUCAUUUUAAUCCUACCUUGAAAACACUAUAUUCUGUGAAGUUAUCCACCAAAACCUUAAAAGCAAGCUAUUUUAACAUUUAUUAAUUCCCUUUUGGUCUCCCUUAGCCACAUUGUCUUAUUCCAAAGAAAAAGCAGUGAUCUGUAAAACAAAUUAAGAAUAUGUGAAAUCCAGAGGGACGCAAGAAGAAAACUAUAGAAGAAUCAAAAACUUAACUGCACAGUCCACUGGUUGGACACAGAUCAAGACCUAACCUAAUUCAAGAUCUAGAUAUGAGAAUCAGUUAUUCACUUCUGUGAUCUCUAUUCCUUUCACCAUUCAAAGCUUCCCUGGCUAUCAGCCUACCCUCUGCAAAGAUUUGAUAAAGAUAGUGUUAGCCCAUCCUCCAUCUGAUUCCUGGAUGCUUUAUGAAAGGGGGAAUUGAGUAACUUCAUUAAAUUAAAUGGCUCUGGUAGACUGCUUAGUUUUCUCAGUGAGUGGUUAAUUUGCUACUCUGGAUUGAUAAUAGCUUUCGUUAACCAUGUCUGUUAG